CCUAUCUUUAUCUAUAAAAUACGUGUAUUUCUUUUCAGAUGACCAUUGUGAGGUUAUAUUUGACCAUAUGGAUGGAAAGAAUACAAUAAAACACCAAGAAUGAUAACACACAUGUAUAUACAAUAAAAUAUAUUUAUUUCAUAUACGUGUUUACAAUCUAAAAAAAAGAAGACAACCACCGACGAUUGAAGAACAAGGUAAUGGUGUGUUCAUGUUGUUGAGUAAGCAGGUAAAUGAUGGCUGAGACGAUAAAUAGUGAAGAAAGGACAGGCGAGGAGGAAAAUGAUGUUAAAAGAGAACCAUUGAAGACAAACAUUUCUUCUGCUAAAAGCAACAUUUCUGAUGACGCAAGUAUUAAGUCCGACAUAAGUGAGCAUCACUCUCAACACAGAGACCGACCUUUGACCUCUGAUCCGUUAUCAGAUUUAACAGACAAUCAGCGUGUCGUUCUCUACACCAUGUUUCUGUAUGGAGAAGAAAAUGUUGUUUUGCAUGAUGACAUCUUUAUGGGAGACGUUGAUGUCUGGAAGACGCUAAAAGAGCUGGAGGACAGGGAAUUGGUGGGACUGUUGGUUGAAAACAAAGAAGAACUCCUAUCUGUGUAUUUUAUCCCAAGUUACACACGAUGGGAGAUAAUGGAAUCUUAUAGAGAGAACUGUUUGCUAAGUGAUAUAGACAAAGAGUUUUUCGUGGAUGUGGUCUCAGACAUCCCUUUAUAUUAUAUUGAAACAGAGUCCAAUAUCUUAAACCUUGAUGUGUCAAGUCCACAAGACAAGAGAUCUCUAAUGCUAAUGAGAUUGGUAAUGGAGGGGAAGAUUGACAGAGAAAUACAACUUAUCGGAGGUACAUACAGAUUUGACAGAAUGAUUCCAAAUCGAUUCUACAAUGAUUCUGAAAAAUUUGUCCAAUUUUGGAAGAAUUAUUGUACCUGGAGAAACAUACACCCUACAGACUGGUCUAAUGGAGUCUGUGAUACAGAAGUCGAAAGAUAUUACUCAGUAUACACAAUCCUCUCUGGAUACGAGGAAGGUAAACAAGUAUACAUUUUACAUAAUAUAUUAUUUAUAGAGGAAUUCUUAAGAUAAAAAAUAUUGAAUACAAUUAUCGCAAUGUAUUAAAGCAUUAUCUUUAAAUAUACUAGC